ACAUGCCACAGCCACACCUGACUCGGCUCGGCUCUGGCGAGCGCGAUGGCAGCAAACGUGGCGCUGGCGCUGCUCUCCUCCUGCUCCUGCUCGCCCUCCACUUCCGCCGCCGCCGCCUCCUCGCUCCUCCCUAGCCGCUGCCUGGCCUCCCGCCGAAGAGCAGGCUCCCGAGUCACCAUCAUGGCAGCUCUGGGCCAUGACCCAAUCAGGGAAUGGAUUCUUACAGAAGGGAAGGCCACACAAAUAAAAGGGAUCAGGUCCAUUGGUGGUGGCUGCAUUAACAAUGCUCAGCGCUAUGAUACUGACGCAGGGCCCUUCUUUGUUAAGACCAAUAGCCGCAUUGGUCCAGAAAUGUUUGAAGGGGAAGCGCUUGGUUUGAAGGCAAUGUAUGACACAAAGUCGAUCCGUGUUCCUUUACCAUACAAGGUUGGUUCUUUACCCACCGGUGGUUCUUUCAUCAUCAUGGAGUUUAUUGAAUUUGGUCCUUCAAGGGGAGACCAGUCAGUUUUGGGAAGGAAGCUUGCCGAAAUGCAUAAGGCUGCUAAAUCUGAUAAGGGAUAUGGUUUCCAUGUUGAUAAUACUAUUGGAAGCACUCCACAAAUUAACACUUGGACUGCUGACUGGAUUGAGUUUUACUCCAAGCAUAGAUUGGGCUACCAGUUGGAAUUGGCCUCGAGACGAUAUGGAGAUUCAGCCAUAUACGAAAAAGGUCAGCGAUUGAUCAAGAAUAUUCACCCACUUUUUGAUGGAGCUGUUAUUGAGCCCUGCUUGCUUCAUGGUGAUCUUUGGAGCGGGAACAUAAGCUCCGAUAGCAACGGAGAUCCUGUAAUAUUGGAUCCUGCUUGCUACUAUGGACACAACGAGGCAGAGUUUGGGAUGUCCUGGUGUGCUGGAUUUGGUGGGGACUUCUAUAAUGCCUAUUUUCAGGUGAUGCCGAAACAGCCAGGGUUUGAGAAGAGGAGGGACCUCUAUCUCCUCUACCACUACCUGAAUCACUACAAUCUUUUUGGCUCCGGGUACCGUUCAUCAGCUAUGUCCAUAAUCGAAGACUACUUAUAUGUGCUGGCGGCUUAGUUUCUUCUGUUUUUCUCACAUGAAAAUAGAAGCAACGAUGUACCUGUGCUGUGCAUAACAUGUUUCAGUGUUUCACAGUUACCCCUCUCGAUAUGCUGUGGAUUCACUCCCUGUGAAAUCUGCUGUGAGCUCCUUGCGGGCAUGCUACACCACUAUAUCAAUCACUGAAAAAAAUCUUCAUAUGUGUAAAUAAAUAUCUCGCUGCUGGUCCAUUUGGACACGUUUUGUGCCUCAGAAGGAUAAUAAUGUA